AUGGGAUGUGGAUCAAGUACUCAAAGACCUCAAACGACAAGAAAUAUAAACGUUUUAUCAUCAUCAGGAGGCCAACAAAAGGAAGAUAAAAAAGUUAAAGUCGUUUUAUUAGGUGAUAGUGGUGUUGGAAAAUCAAGUAUUGCUUUGUAUUUAUGCCAUGGUCGUUUUUCAGAUAGUCAUCAAGUAACAAUAGGGGCAGCCUUUUUACACCAUACAAUUCAUUUGAAAAAUGGGGAAACAAUGAAACUCCAUAUUUGGGAUACUGGAGGACAAGAAAGAUUCCGAGCAAUGGCUCCCUUAUAUUAUCGUGAUGCAUAUGGAGCUGUUGUUGUUUAUGAUUCAAACAAUCCCGAAUCAUUUAAUUCGUUGAAGUUUUGGAUUAAUGAAAUAAAGUCAAGUGGGCCACGAAAUUGUUGUAUUACGGUUGUAGCAAAUAAAAAGGAUUUACCACAAAAAAUAAAUUCAGAGAUGGUAAUGAAGUUUUGUAAAGAGCAACAUGUUUCAUUUAUUGAAUGCUCCGCAAAGACAGGAGAAAAUAUUAAAACCUUAUUUGAACGACUAGCAAGCCACAUUUAUUCACGAUUUUAA